UUACAAAAUUCUACCAAACACUACCUAAGAGUUUCGUAUAAGAGUCACCGCUAAAUAAGGUCUUUGUUUUGUUUUUUUAAACCCAAUUUUGGGACAAAGCUGUAUAAAUUCUACAUAUAUAGCCAAUCCAUCCACCCCCAAUCCCCCAAGCUCCAAUGGCUUUACAGAACCACCACCAGCUUCACUUCAUUUUAGUACCUUUUAUGGCCCCAGGCCACUUCAUGCCCAUGAUUGACUUGGCCAAAUUAUUGGCACAACAAGGCGUGACUGUCACUGUCGUCACCACUCCUGUCAUUGCCUCCAGGUUCCGCCCCAUCAUCGACCGUGUGAUCGAAUCGGGCCUCCCCCUCCGCCUUCUCUCUCUCCGGUUCCCGUCAGUGGAGGUCGGCCUGUUGGAGGGGUGCGAAACUAUAGACGCUGUUCACUCUCUAGACCUAAUGAUGAAAUUCUUCAAGGGCAUCGACAUGUUGCAACAACCAUUCGAGCAGUUGUUUGAAACGCUCGAGCCAUGUCCCAGUUGCUUAAUAGCCGAUAAAUAUAUUGCAUGGAUAGGAGACACUGUUCGUAAGUUUGGAAUUCCGAGAAUUCUUUUUGAUGGAAUGAACUGCCUCACUCUCUUAUGCGCACACAAUUUAGAAAAUUUUAAAGAUUCUGAGAAUGUUUCCGAGUCAGACUCAGAGCCGCUCGAACUUCCUGGCUUGCCUGAUAGAAUUGAGCUAACUAAAGCUCAGUUGGCUAUGUUUCUCAAUCGAAGUUCACCAGAAUGGCAAGAUUUACGGAAUCGAAUAAAAGCUGCCGAAGCUGAAGCAUAUGGGGUGGUGAUUAACAGUUUUGAAGAGCUAGAACCGAGAUAUGUCGACGAGUUUCGAAAGGUGAAAGGAGAUAAAGUUUGGUGCGUUGGGCCGCUGUCGUUGUGCAACAAAGACAACUUGGAUAAGGCUCAGAGAGGAAACAAGGCCGACAUCGACGAAAACCAAUGUUUAAAGUGGCUCGAUGAGCAAGAGCCACGCUCCGUUGUCUACGCAUGCCUUGGAAGCAUAGCUAACCUCUCACUACCUCAGUUAAUCGAGCUAGGUUUAGGCUUGGAGGCUUCGAAACGCCCAUUUGUGUGGGUUAUAAGAAGCAGAGACAAGGCGACAGAGAUAGAGAAGUGGGUGGAAGAAGACGGAUUCGAGGAAAGAACGAAAGGGAGAGGGCUUCUGAUUCGAGGCUGGGCACCGCAAAUACUCAUAUUGUCGCACCUGGCUGUGGGGGCUUUUUUGACACACUGCGGGUGGAAUUCGACGCUGGAAGGGGUGUGUGCCAGUGUGCCGAUGAUAACGUGGCCUAUGUUCGGUGAGCAGUUUUUGAAUGAGAAGCUAGCUGUGCAGCUUUUGGAGAUCGGAGUGAGUGUUGGCGUUCAGACAGUUGGGCACAGGUUUGCGGAAGACAAGUGUGAGAAGUUGGUGGAUAGAGAGGUUGUUAGGGCUGCUGUGGAGAAAGUAAUGAGUGAAGGAAUAGGAGAAGAGACAAGACGAAGGGCAAAAGUAUUUGGGGAGAUGGCAAAGAAGGCAAUGGAAGAAGGGGGUUCUUCAUACUUGAACAUGAGAUUGUUCAUUCAAGAUGUCAUCAAACUAGUUAGCCACAAGGACUCAACACAAGAAGGAACAAGAGAUGCCAUCGAGGUUUCGUUUACAGUCUCAUUCGGAGCCAUUAACUCCCACCCCAGAGGAAGGGAUGGAUCCCCCAGGUCAAGAGGUUGGUACCCAACCCUUACCACCACAUAAUGUGCAACCUGAGCAUGAGGUGACUGCAUCUAGUAGUGUUGGAUCAGUUUGAUCUACAAGGCAAUCCGAGUGAUGUAGCAAGGACUUUAAACACACAGUUUGGUCGACAAUUGAGUAGCUUCACUUAUAGGUUGCACAAACAAUACAAGCAACUUAAGGAUGCAAGAGGGGAGGAGUACGCAAGAAGCCAUCCACCUGCAAGUGUUACUCUUAAUCAAUGGACAUCUUUAAUUGACAAGAAGUGGAAUAGUAAAGAAUUCAUGGUAUAAUGUUUUAUGUUAAUUUUCAAAAAUUAAUUUUCUUCUUACUAAUGUUAAGUUUUGUCGUUUUUAUUGGUGUUUCAAUCGUGUAGGAACAAUCACUAACUAAUGUGAAUAAUAGGAUGCAAAUGAAAACAAAACAUAGAUGUGGAUCAAAAUCAAUCCCGGUCAGGGUGCACAGCUCGGUGUGUUCUGCUAUUUUAUUUUAUCAGAUUAGUAGGAUUUGUUAUUUAAAUAUUUGAAAUAACAUUCAAAAACAAAUGAAUCAGAUAAUUGCAAAUGGAGGAGUGCCUGAUUUGGCAAAAAUUUACAAGUCCAUCCACUAUAAUUAGAACACGCAUGAAUGGAUUUCGUCAGACAGCCAAGUUAAUUAUGUAUGUACAAGGCAAUGCAUAUUAAUUUUGAUAAGAUUAUUUAUUUUCUUUGUAGGGUAGAAUAACUAAUAAUUGUUCGAUUUAUUUUAAAUUAACAAGAUAACAUGAUACAGACAUAAGCAGAACACCUCUCACAGACUGGUGUGAUCCUCUUGAGCCCAGAGGAGUUGUCAGUCAAUGUGCUUAAGCCAAGGUCAGGUUAUGUGAAAGGACUCGACUAGAGGCCUUCUUCUUCUAUGAAGACUACUGUUGCACCUGCUAAAAAUAAUGACUAUGUUCAACGCCUUGAGAUGCAAAUAGCACAGAGAAAUGAACAAAUUGCAAGGUUUCAAAAGUUAGAGAUGAAACAAAGCAAGAAGACACAAAGUAUCAUAGAGUGUUUGACGCAAAAAGGUAUUACGGGAAAUUUUGAGAGUGGGGAAAGUUCAGAUUCUGACGGACAAGCUUCUUGAUUGGAGAUGAACGAAUUUGGUAACUUGCAUAGCAAGAGUUUUUUGUUGAUAUUACCAGACACAUCCAUCACAGUGUAUUUGUACUUUUUGUUGAUAUUACCAAACAUGUAUUUUGACUAUGUUAUUGUGGGUUAUAAUUAUAUUGUGAUGGAUCUUAUCUUUUUGUUGAUAUUACCAAAUGAACAGGUUUUUGUAAUGAUUUGUAAUGGAUAUUAUAUUCAGCAGGUUAUUAAAAUGCACAAGUUAUUUUGA